AUGUCGACCGCUGCUCGCCGCCGCUUAAUGCGCGAUUUCAAGCGCAUGCAGACAGAUCCGCCCGCCGGCGUCUCCGCCUCGCCCAUCCCCGACAAUGUCAUGACGUGGAACGCCGUCAUCAUCGGCCCAGCCGACACGCCGUUCGAGGACGGCACGUUCCGGCUCGUCAUGACGUUUGACGAGCAAUACCCCAACAAGCCGCCGUCGGUCAAGUUUCUGAGCACCAUGUUCCACCCCAACGUGUACGGGACGGGCGAGCUGUGUCUCGACAUCCUGCAGAACCGGUGGAGCCCGACCUACGACGUGGCCGCCGUCCUGACAAGCAUCCAGAGGUGGGCAGCACGAAAACAAUGGCACCACCUGCCAAGGCGGGGAUAUUUUACUAACGUCGCCAGUCUCUUGAACGAUCCCAACACCAGCUCGCCGGCCAAUGUCGAAGCGUCGAACCUGUACAAGGACAGCCGCAAGGAGUACCACAAGCGAGUCCGAGAGACGGUGGAGAAGAGCUGGGAGGACUGA